AUGGAUGCACAACGUAAACAACAUUCCAAAAUCAAAUACAGAAAUAUCGACAAAAUCAACAAAGAGUGCUUUCUGCGAGACUUAAGAGAAGCCCCUUGGGAUAUCUCCUUUGUUUUUCGAGAUGCCGAUAACAUUGUUGAAUCUUGGUACAAAAUCUUUAAUGACAUUCUUGAUAAUCACGCACCUUUAAAGUUGAAGAGUGUGAAGAAAAUCAAUCAGCCGAAAUGGUUCACUAAUGAUCUAUACAACGAAAUAAAUAAACGCCAUAAUCUUCUAAAGAGGGCCAGGAGAACACAAAAUGAACAAGAUUGGUCUGCUUUUAAACUGAUUAAAAACAAGGUGACGAGGAAACUAAGAAAUGCGAAGGAACAGCACUUUAAAACUCAGUUCAGUAAAAAUCAAAAAUGUCCAAAGAAACUUUGGUCUUUAAUUAAAGACCUAUCUAAAGAUACAAGGAAUAAUGACGACUCCGUCCCUAUUGCUGACGAAAACAACAACCUGAUAAAGGAUGACCAUUCAAUCGCUGAAAGCUUUAACCGCUUCUUCGCUGAUGUAUAUAAACGUCUUAUAAAAGCGGCACCUAUACUUCAUUAUGAUGCUCUUCCUGGUCCACCAGACAAAUCUAACAGUCAAAUUGAGAAUCUUAUUCCGCAAAUAACUCCUAGUGAGGUUAACUAUUAUCUUCUAAGUAUACCUGCACACAAAGCCACGGGAAUCGAUGGGUUUGGUGGCAGAGUUCUAAGGAUUGCAGCGCCUGAAAUAUCAUGCUCCAUAGCUAAAAUUAUAAAUCACUGUAUUGAAACUUGUACAUUUCCCUCACAAUGGAAAAUAGCAAAGGUUAAACCACUAUUCAAGAAUCAAGGAAACAAGCAGUUCUAUUGA